GUCGACGCGGGCCAGCGAUUUUGCGCCGCGCUAUGGCCCUGUCCUUCGUGGGCUGGCGGCCCGCGGCGCUCUGGGCGUUGCCUGCGCCAAGGAGCAGAUGCCGGUGCCUCGCUCAGGACUGGAAGACCCAGGCCAGCACGCUGAGCAGCACCUUGGUGGUGCUGCUGCAGGCUUUGCGAAGGGCCAGUGCAAAGGAACGCCGCGUGCGGCUCCAGGAGGCCAACAUGUCGCAGCUGCGGAUCAUCUCAGCGGGCCUGCGCCUGCGCAUUUGCAAGUCCCAGGAGGACUUGGUGAGAAAGAUCGCGGAUGCCCUGGCGGAGGACGACAAGCUGGCGCAAAAGCCGAUUGGCAAAUACUUGAGGCCGCUGCCCGAGGACGAGGCCGAGCAGUUUCAGCAGCGGAUCACCGAUCUCAAGUCGCGCCAGCUCAGAAAACUCUGUCGAGCGCUACGCCUGAGCACUGAGGGCAGGAAGGCGCACCUCGCCCGGGAAAUCACCCGGGAGCUCUUGGAGCGCCACCGCUCAGGCCACCAGAUGGAGGCAGAGACACACCAGACUGAGCCGUUUGUGCCAGGACUCGACAACGGCCAAGAAGCACACGACGUUUCUGAGAGCGAGGAGACACCAGAUGUGGCUCCAGUGCUAGAGAGGCAGGAGACAGGGCAGGACAACCAGUCUGCCGUGCUGGUUCCCAUUGUGCUGGAAAAUGAUGAUCACAGAAGAACUGUGCAGAAAGAGCAGAAGAGGGAGCAACGCAGGAGCCGCCUGAGGGAGAUCCUCUCCCAGGAGCUCCAUGCGGUGGCUUCCACGUAACCACGCCUGAAUCGCGCGCGGCGCGACGCACGCUUUGGCGUUGGGGCGCAUCCGCGUUGAUCCGCGCAUCCGCGCGGAGUUUCUUUAGUUUCAGCCAAAACUUGGUGUGCGGCGCAUGUGUUUUUUUUCUUCCCAUGGAGGGUGGCAGGGUCUGCGGCAUGGCCCGCAGAGUCUGGCCUCGCGCAAGCGAGCUCCUAGGGCCCGCGUCUCACGCAGCGAGG